CAAUUUCGAAUCAAUUCGCGGGAAAUUGGCAUUCAGUUUUUCCUUAUUUUUCCUCAAAAAAAUAGUUUAAUUAAUUAAAAAUCGAUCAAAAAUUAUGCAAAAAUAUGGAAACGCCGAAAAGCAACUCAAGAAGACUCAACCCGCGAAAAUAUCAUCCGACUCCGAAAAUGUCGGAACGUAAAAAGGCCUUGUUUACUCCAAAAUCCAGUGAAAAAUCUCCCUCAAUAUCGUCCUAUCGCGAAUGCAGUGAUGACGACUCAGAUUUGGGAAUAAUGAGUCCUUUGCAGCAUUCUUCCAGUUCAUCAAAAUACGAUUCUGAUGAUUCGGGUCCGACGUCAUUUAAAGAUGUUUUGAACAGCAGUAACAGCAGUCGAAAGAAAAAUUAUGAAAGUCGUUUCAGUAAUUCUGGCAAAUAUGAGUUCGUUCCUGCUAGUCUAAAGCCCACGUUGUCCGAUUUAACGGAGGAAAGUGAUGUUCAGACGCCGAAACAGCUGAAAUUGAACAAUGCUUGGAUCGACAUUUCUCACAUCGAGGCAGAUAUUUCGGCUCCAAUACUGCUGAUGACUCCUUGUGGGACAUCGACAAAGGAUAAAAUCCCUAAAAGUUCCUUCCGUAAGACGAUUGUUGACUCAGAUGGGGACCGAACUCCAAUUGUUGAAGAUCAACCAGCGGCAAAACGUGCAGCGGAAGAGGAAAAAGAUCCAAAAGCACGAACUUCCUUGUUCAGCGAAGGAUCAAUUCCAACGAAAAACUUUUAUUCAGGCAACGAAACGAAAAAAGAUGACUCUCCAAAUUGCUCAAUUCUCGCUGCCAUUCGUCAAAACAGCAAAAUUGGCAGCAGAUUGAUCAAUAAUCACAAACAAAAGCGUCACAGUUAUCCUUUGACAAUCAAAAAACGUCGUUCCUCGAUCAAUCGAGGCGUUUUUCACAAAAUCCACAAACAACGUACGAGAAAACCGAAAGUCAUUACGCGCAAAAGUGCCGCAAAAAUGACAAAAGAUCAACUUAUCGAAGCAGCAAUGAACAUUAUCGACAAUUCCCCGUUAAAUUCGUACCUAAACUCGUCCCUGGAGGUAACGGAGAACGACAAACGACGUCGCGUCAGUGAAUUACUCAAAAAUAUGACAAAUUCCAUCGAAUUAGCACGUCCCUUGAACAUUGAAGUGCCUCAGCAGAACCCCUUCAAUGACGAUUCAGACGUGGAAAACAAUGAAAAUGCCGAAAAUUUGAAUCAAAACAUCCUUGAUACAACCAUAUCGAACGAAACUCUGUCAAAUCGCAAGUUUUUCAAGUCAAAAACGGAAAAACGAGCAAAAUACGAGAUCAUGAAAGGACAUUCGGCGAUCCUUGAUCAAUCGGGAAAAUUAUCACUUGCAAAAUCCGUGGAGAAACCAAAGAAACGUAAAUUACGAUCGUUGUUUGAUGACGAUUUUGAGUUCGCUGAAGAGCAACAAGAGGUGAACGACAUCUUGAAAAGUCUUGAAGACCCCAAAUUAGGAACUCCCUUGAAGGAAGGUCCCGUAAAUGUUCACCAAAAUUCGUUUAUGUCGCCGACAACGACGCAAAUUUCGAGUUUGGCUUCCAAAUUUGCCGCUUUGAAUCCCGUUUCAGAUCAAAAUUCAACCGAAGAGAGUCAAAAAUUGUUCCCGUUAUUCGAAAAAUCACAGCAAAAAGUCGUGAAUUUAGAGCCAGAACCCAAACGGGUGAAAGUAACGAACGAAUGGCGCCCAAUUGGCGAUGAUCAGUUACAAAUUGACGCGGGACAGAAGGAAUUUGGGGCAAUCGAGUGCAAAACUUGCGGAUUUAUCUACACGCAACACGUUCCCGAAGAUGAAAUGCUUCACCAACAAUUCCAUAAUUCCUGUCAAAUACUCAACUUUAAAGGCUGGGAGAAGGAAAAUCGUUGUUUAGACGUGUAUGAAUGGGGUGUCGCUGGUCGUGUCAUCGCCAUCUCGAAUUCCGAUUCAAAAACCAAAAUGAAUCGAGCGCAGGAAAUUUUGCGACUUGCCGAUAUGGAAUUGGGUUUUGCGCAAAUCCCGCUGCAUCAGAACGCGAUAAUUUUCCUCGCGUGCAACAACAAGGAAAUUAUGGGACUUUGUGUGGCGCAACCCCAAUCGGAAGCCAACAAGCUCAUCAGUGAAUUUGGAAUUGAUUUCUGUUCGUCUGAGACGUAUCCCGUAAAAUGCGGCAUUUCGCGCAUUUGGGUGAAUUCGAGACAUCGACGCAAGGGUGUCGCAUCGAAGCUUUUUGAGGCAGUCAAAGGCAAUUUCAUGUACGGAUGUCGCUUGAACAACGACGAAAUUGCCUUUAGUGCACCGACGGAGAUGGGAAAAGCUUUUGCGGAGAAAAUUAUGGGAAAAAAGGACUUUUAUGUGUACCAGUAAAAUUAAUUUUAGGCUUUGGUGUGCAUUUUUUGUGUGAAUUUGAUGAAAAUUAUUUAGAUUUAAGCAAAUUUAGGGAGCUUUAAACCUUGUUAAAGCCAUAAAGAGGCCAUUCAUGACACAAGCUACUCAGCAAAAAAGACAUUAUCCGUAAAUUUAGAGUAAUUUAUAUCGCAUGACGAAUAAAAAUCUUUAUCAA